GAGAAAGCGGUGACAUUAAGCAGCCCGGACUGUUUGUGGAGAAAUCCUCGAUUUGUGAAAUUAUGGACGCUUCUGGCAAAACCCCGGGAAGAUGCAGCGAGGGAGCCAAAGAGGAUUUAAAGGACGGUGAAGCGGCUUCCUGCGCACAGAGCUCCCGCGGCUGUUACCUGAAAUGCGUCCCUGGCUUCAUCCCGUCGGUUUACCGCAAUGAGCUGGUGCAACUUUUCAAACUAGCGGGGCCAGUGAUCAUUUCCCAGCUGAUGGUUUUUAUGAUCGGUUUCGUCAGCACAGUGUUCUGCGGUCACCUGGGGAAAACUGAACUAGCAAGUGUAGCUUUAUCAAUUGCGGUAGUUAACGUCACUGGUAUUUCUAUUGGCACCGGUUUGGCGUUAACUUGUGAUACCCUCAUAUCUCAGACGUAUGGGAGCGGUAACCUGAAGCGCGUGGGUGUGAUUCUCCAGAGGGGGGUUCUGAUUCUGCUGCUGGCCUGUUUCCCCUGUUGGGCCAUCCUCAUCAACACAGAACCUCUCCUACUGGCUGUCAGACAGAGUCCAGAGGUCGCCAGCCUCUCCCAGCUGUAUGUGAAGAUCUUCAUGCCUGCUCUGCCGGCUGCGUUUAUGUACCAGCUGCAGGGGAGGUAUCUUCAAAAUCAGGGAAUUAUAUGGCCUCAGGUUAUAACUGGAGCUAUUGGAAAUGUCUUUAACGCAAUAAUCAACUAUGUCCUCAUCUAUCAGCUGGAUUUGGGUGUUGCCGGAUCAGCAGCAGCCAGUGCAGUCUCCCAGUAUUUAUUGGCUGCAGUCUUAUUCAUUUACAUACAUUUGAGGGGUCUGCAUAAGGCCACAUGGGCAGGAUGGUCCCUCGACUGUCUCCAGGAGUGGGGACCCUUCGUCCACCUGGCUGUCCCCAGUAUGCUCAUGCUGUGUCUGGAGUGGUGGCUGGUUGAAGUGGGAGGAUUCCUGGCUGGUGUGAUCAGUGAGGCCGAGUUGGGAGCUCAUUCAGUAGCAUAUGAGCUGUCUGUUCUAGCAUACAUGAUUCCAUUAGGAUUCGCUGGUGCUGCCAGUGUUCGAGUUGGGAACGCACUUGGUGCAGAAAACAUAGAGCAGGCCAAGCUGUCAUGCAAAGUCCCCAUCAUCUGUGCACUCAUAAUUUCGUGCUUUGUCAGCACUGUUUUUGGCACCUGCAGAAAUGUCAUCGGAUACAUUUUCACCUCAGAGCCAGAUAUUUUACAGAGGGUUUCUGACAUCAUGCUGAUAUUUGCUUUCUUGCAUCUUUUUGAUGCCAUUGCGGGUGUGACUGGAGGAGUUCUCAGAGGAACAGGAAAACAGUUGUUCGGUGCUCUGUGUAACCUGGUUGGAUACUACUUUAUUGGCUUACCCAUUGGUGUGUCCUUGAUGUUUGCAGCCAAAAUGGGGAUUGCAGGAUUUUGGGUAGGCCUUACGGUUUGUGUGUUAGUGCAGUCGAUCUUUUUCAUCACGUUUUUAUGCAGACUUGAUUGGAAGAAGGCCGCCGAAGAGGCUCAAGUGCGAGCAGGAGUCCACAUCAAAGAGGACAAAGGGACGAUCAGGAUGGAAAAUACAGACUCUAAUCAGAUCCAGACACACAUCAGUACUGCUGCAUCCAGCGGUGAGAGCGCCAUGGUGGACAAUGCAUACAUGGAGAUGCACAUACCAGAGCAGAAUAAACCCACCACCACAGUGGGAGAAGUUCUGUCAGUGUCACAGCUGGUCUUACGACGCGGCCUGACGCUGCUGCUCAUGGUCAUCAUCCUCACUGCUGGAAUUGUUGCCAGCGACUUCCUCACCAGGAUGCUCAAAUGAUGUGACGCCAUCAGUCGGACUGAUAAAUGUCAGGUCUAAUAGCACAAAGCUCAUCUUAGUACCUGUACUGUUGGUUCAGCAGAGGAACAGCUGUCUGCAGCUUUGUGCAGCAUGUAGCCAGCAACCCGGUCUUAAACUGUCCGGCCACAGAGAUUAAUUCAGUAAGAAGUUAUGGGUGGAAUAUCUAGUAAACCAAAGACAUUUUUAUUGAUGCCUUUAAUGUAAAUAUGUAAUAUGAUAAGAUGAGCCACAAGGAGAGAGGAGAGAGGGCAUUUAGCACAGUGAGACAGCCUAAACACAACAUGUAGCUGUCCAUUGUUUUCCUAUCGCACACCACUGUCAUUUAUGAUCUAUGUCAGAUGAAUAAAAAGUGCUUGUAGUAAUGUUUGCAUUUAGUUUGAAUUCAGUUC